AUGUCAACCUGCACUUCUGACUUCACCGCAUCGCGCGAGAAGCCAACCUUCAGUGAACCACCUUGCAAAGAUCUGGUCACAUCAAGCCACGCAGUCUCCUCUGAUAUGGAUCCGCUCGACAAAGUGAGAGCUCAGGCUUACCGCGAUGCUUGCCGCGCAGCAUACUUCAAUGUAGAAAAGGUCCACAAAGCUGAGGAGUUCAUCAAAGAGCUUGACCAGAAACUCACAGGAGGUCAGAUCGGCGAGAUGACUGCAUCCACUGGCGGUGUAAAGGUGGUCUGGAAGAAGAGACUGACAGCCAAGGCUGGACAGGCCAGAUGCAAGUCCAGACCUCACCCCUCUGCCACUAUCGAGUUGUCCGACAAACUUCUCGACGACCAGGAGCGCCUGAUCAACACUGUUGCCCAUGAGUUCUGCCAUGUCGCUAACAUUCUGCUCUGCCGUGACCGUUCACAUGGACCUGGUUUCAAGGAAUGGGGCAGACAGUGUGAGGCGGCAUUCCGUGACCUCGGUAUCAAGAUCACGACGAAGCACACCUAUCGCUCUAAGUUUGAGUUCAUCUGGACAUGCUGCGACGAGAAAUGUGGUAAAGAGGUUGGCCGCCACACUAAAAGCAUCAACCCCAAGACCCAAUCAUGUCGCUACUGUGGUGGUCUCUUGGUGCAGACGAACCCAGUUGCCCGUACGCUCAAGCCUCGUCUGGAGUGCAAGGAUAAAGAGUGA